AUGGCGACUUCUCCUUCUGAUACCACCCCUCCCUCCAACAACACCCCUUCUACCAACGAUAUCGACCUCCUCAACCCCUCCGAUCUCACCACCACUACCACCAACCGCACUAAUGACAGUAUAAUGUACUUCAAAUCCGAAUACGAGUACCUUCUCACCAAGCUCCCUCCCAAUUACCCCAAGCCAGCUCCUCCUAUUGGUACGUACCUGGUUCCCUCCGCAUCCUCUCUUGCUGCAAUUGCAAUUUCAGCACCAAGUUCCCCGGCGAACCUCACUUCAACAUGGUCGUCCCGCUUUUCUGCCACCCCCGUCCAUACCACCCAGAAAAGCGAUGUCGUCAUAAGUACUGCGAGAACUGUGUCUGGAGUGUCAUUAAAGAAGGAGAGGAUGUCAACUGGAGAGGCAAAGAAGAGUUUUGAGGAGAUGGCUGCGGAGGUUGAUGAGGAUGGAAAACCUCGUUAUCCUUUGAUGCAAGAUCGUAAGUAUGGUACUUUGGGUACGCAGACGGAUGGUGAUUUUGGUAUUUGGUGGGAAUGGGGUGGGGGAAUUCCGGGGUUUGGAAGUAAUGCUCCUGAUGAUGAGGAGUAG